GUUUGUCAUGUUGAUUGUUGACAUCUGUGCCCUCUGGCUCAGUCAGCUGUUGGCAGCUCAGCAGGUUGCGUGUAUGUGACAGAAGGCACAUCGGAGUCAGACUUUUGGCACGCUCAUAACAAGUGUCUGGCAAGUAGCUACUGUCAGCUCGUUCGCGUGACAUAUCUUUUUUUUUAUUUGUGAAUUUUCAACAGUAUGAGGGGAAAUAUUUGUGUCAUUGCUAGCCGGUUGGUUGGCGUCAGUGCCGAAGCGUGUGGAUCAUCUUCUACAUUAACACGCUGUAGAGCUGUGACCUCAACGCGGUAUCCUAAUCCUGCCAUUGGCAUGGAAGGACAAAAGCGUCCGUACUCGCAAGAAUUUCUACGAAAAAGUUACAUUGAUCACAAAGCCUUGUGGGAAAGGAAGAAGCUUCCUGAAAAUGUGGACAGUAAGAAUGUGUUUGUCUCCAAUGAACUUGAUCUGCGCACAGUGGAUGUUUAUGGUUUUGAUUAUGAUUACACGCUUGCAAAUUAUGAAGCGAGUGUGGAGCAUCUUAUAUAUCAACUUGGACGUGAUAAUCUUGUCAAUAAGUAUAAGUACCCUGAAGAGAUCAAAGAGUUCAGUUAUGACCCAAAGUUUGCUGUGCGAGGCCUCCACUAUGACAUUGAGCAAGGGCUUCUCAUGAAACUGGACCAGUUCCAGCAAAUCCAAAUGAGCUCCAUUUAUAGAGGCCUGACUCCUCUCUCCCAGGCUGAGGUGGCAGAAACUUAUGGAUCACGAGCACUGCCUCUGUCCUAUGUAGAAGGGCACCUCAGGGGAAAGCAGACGAUGGCUCACCUGGCAGACCUGUUCUCACUGCCCGAGAUGUGCCUGCUGAGCCAAGUGACGCAAUACUUCAUGGACCACAAACUUCCUUAUCACUCCGUCUCGCUCUUCAAUGAUGUCAAGGAAAGCAUAGGGAGCAUACAUCCUGAAAUGCACCGCAUCGUGGCUGCCGACAUUGGUAACUUCCUGAAGAAAGAACCCAACUUGGAAAUAUUUUUCCGGCGACUAAAGGAGCACGGCAAGGAAGUGUUUAUAAUCACGAACAGUCCCUUCCACUUCGUGAACGUGGGCAUGAAUUUCCUGCUAGGCCCCGACUGGCGCGACUACUUCGACGUGGUCGUCGCCGGGGCCAAGAAACCAGCCUUUUUUGUGGACCGCAUGAGGCCCUUCAGGGAACUCGACACCUCCCCACAGGGGGUACAGUCCUGGGGACCCGUCGAGUGUCUAGAAAAAGGCAAAAUAUACCUCGAGGGGAACUUAUCAGAACUGCAAAGGCUAAAAGGCUGGCGAGGAGAGCGCGUCUUAUACUUCGGUGAUCAUCCUUAUAGCGACCUCGCGGACGUCACCCUGAACCACUGCUGGAGGACAGGGGCCAUCAUCUGGGAGCUCGAGCACGAGACGGAGUGCCUGAACAGCGAGGAGUUCAAGAAGACCAUCGGGUGGCUGCAGAUGCUGCAAGGUCUCAUCGAGAGCAGCCAAGACUACGAGGAUCCUGCCAGCAGGGAGGUCGUCAGGGAGUGGGAGACCGAACGCGACCAACUCAGACAAAGAACGAAGGAGCUUUUCAACUAUCACUUCGGGAGCGUCUUCCGCACACACGACAACCCGACGUAUUUCUCGCGCCGCCUCUUCCGCUUCGCCGACAUCUACACGUGUCGCCUCACCAACCUCAACCACUACUCCAUCAAUCACACUUUCUACCCUAGACGCGGUGUCCUGCCGCACGAGUACAAGAGUCUAUUUGUGUGAACAGAAUAUAAUAAGUCAGGCAUACAAUUUUACGUAAUCUGUUGUUGUAAUUAUAGCAAAAGAUAUUAGUUCUAGAUAUAAAUAUCUCGAGUUGUUCAGGGAGCUACGUUACCAGGAUCAACCGCACCAAAAUAGUUUCGUCGAGAACGCAACAGUAUUUCAUAAUACUCUGUUUAGCUGUAAGUCCAGGCGAUAUGAAAGUCAUGAAUCCUGAUGUUGAGUUGCAUGCAAACCUAGUCUUUAUAGUGUAAUCUUGUUAAUUUUUUUUACGUAAAAGCAAUUCACUAAUCCAUAUGCAUGCAUGACGCGACAAAACGAAAUCAGCUGUGCGCCGUUUACUUGCUACCGUGGCCCGUGGGCGGAAUAAUAUUUUAAUUAUCAAGUUCUUCCAAAAACUAUGGCCUUCAAGACCUCAGAGAGAUAAAAACGCUGAAAGUUACUCUUUGCUGUUUUUUCGUGACUGCUUCAAUCUAUGUCUAUCCGUACGUUGUGACCGUCCAAGGCAACACAUAAUUUACAAUUGUCGGUGAAUAUUUAUUUUCAAUUUUAAAUUGUUCAGCGAAUAUAUUUUUUUGU